UUGAAGUCGGUUUUCACUUCAACAAUUCUACAAUUACGGCUAUCAACGGCGAUAUUGGGAAUGAGAGUUACAUCAACUGAUGGAACAGUAAAUGCCGGAGCUUUACCUAGGAAGUCGCCUCGAAAAAUAUUCGCCGAAAGAAAAUCCAUCCGAUUCACAAAUAAUAACAUUGAUAAUUACGAAAUUGAAGACGAUGAAUGUGAACACGAAAUUAAUGACAUUACCGAAUUUGAUCUCGCUUAUCAGAAUAUGGACCCGACAAAAAUGUGGACCCUCGAAUCUUCCGGUC